AAGUGCUUCUCUCACGCGGACAUAUUUUUGUCGCAUUGAAUUUUCUCGAUUCGCCUCUUCCUCUCUGACGAGACCACUGCGCUACAGUUUAAUAAGAACGGACGGGAUGGGGACACAGAGGUAUAAUAAUGCCGCGUUCACGUACUAGUCGGAACUAGCUUUGAACGCGGCAUAAAGAACGGACGCGACCCCUACAAUCGGUCACACACUGUCGCUUCUUUUUGACGUCAUUUUCGGCUACGACGCAAAAAUCUUUUUUUUUUUUCAUAUCAGAAAGCUUUCGGUAAAGGAAGUAAGCUGGCUAAUAGAACGGGCAAUAAUUAUCCACUGAUCAACAAGUAACGGAGGAUGAACCUGGAUCCUGGUUGGCUGCUGCUCCUGUCCAUCUCUCUGGAGGUUUGGUCAGUGCCCCUCGACCGCAAUGCAACCCCCCAGGAAGCACAGCCUCCCCAGGAGGUCAAACAGGAGGAUAAUGUGGACACAGGCCUAUACUAUGACCGGUAUCUGAGAGAGGUGAUUGAGGUGCUGGAGACAGACCCCCACUUCAGAGAGAAACUCCAGACUGCCAACACAGAGGACAUCAAGAAUGGUCGUCUCAGUAAGGAGCUGGACCUCGUGGGGCACCAUGUUAGAACUCGUCUGGAUGAGCUGAAGAGACAGGAGGUGUCUCGCCUCAGGAUGCUGCUCAAAGCCAAACUGGACAGCACCAACACACAGAGUUUACAGAUGGACCAUGCCUCUCUGUUGAAGCAGUUUGAACACCUGGAUCCACACAAUCAGAACACCUUUGAGGCCAAAGACCUUGAGCUGCUCAUCUCAACGGCCACUAAAGACCUAGAGAACUACGAUGCAGAGAGACAUGACGAGUUCAAACGCUAUGAGAUGCUGAAGGAGCACGAGAGACGGGAGUAUCUCAAGGGGCUAGACCAGGAGAAGAGAGAGAAGGAGGAGAAGAGGAUGGAGGAGCUGAAGGAGAAACACCGCAAGCAUCCCAAGGUCAACGCUCCGGGCAGUGUAGCGCAACUGCGUGAGGUGUGGGAGGAGACUGAUGGACUGGACCCAACAGAGUUUAACCCAAAGACCUUCUUCAAACUGCAUGAUACGAAUGGAGAUGGUGUUUUAGAUGAGCAGGAACUAGAGGCCCUCUUCGCCAAAGAGCUGGAGAAGGUCUACGACCCAAAGAAUGAGGAGGAUGAUAUGAUGGAGAUGGAGGAAGAGAGGCUGAGGAUGAGGGAGCAUGUAAUGAAGAACGUGGACAUGAAUCAAGAUCGACUCGUCAGCCUGGAAGAGUUCCUUAAAUCAACAGACAAGAAAGAGUUCAACAGCCCUAAAGAAUGGGAUACUUUAGACGACACCAAGCCGGUGUUCACAGAGGCUGAGCUCCAGCGGUUUGAGGCGGAGCUGCGGACCAAGGAGGAGGAGCUGGGAAGGAGGGCGGAGUCUCUUCGUCAGGAGCAGGAUCUGCUGAAGGAGAGGGGCAAGGCCCUGGAAGCCCAGAGACGAGAGUACCAACAGGCAGUACUAGAGAUGUCUCAGAGGAAGGAGAAACAGGCAGUGGAGGGGCAGCCUCCUACGGGUCCUAACGGAGAACUACAGUUCCACCAAGAGAUGCAGAAACUGGAAGAUCAAGGUGCUAAAGCUCCUGUUGAACAAGAAGUCCAAGAGGCCCACAAUAACCUGCCUGCAGAACCACCACAGAACCUGCCCAUACACACCUAAUACAGCACUCGGAUACACAUAGGGUUGCAAAGGGAGGGUAGAGUUGCAAACUUUCACAUAGGGUUGCAAACUUUCUAAGUUUACCAGUAAACUACCAGAAUUUUGGUAACUUUCAAGGAAUAUAUGGAAUUUCAUCAGAUGACAUCUAGUGUCCUUCUUUGGUACUUCAGAUUAUCACAGGUGUCUUUGAGCAUGGUUACAUUCACACAAUAACACAAUUUUGUUUAAAACAUUUACAUGUUUGCAAGAAGAAGGAUUUCCCUAAUAAUCCUGUUUACAUGGACACAUCUGAAAUACGGCUACUGAUGGGACUUGUGAUAAAUUCCGAAAAUCGUCAAUCAAAAAAAAACGUUUGACCACAGUGGCCAUGUUAUUUUUGCAAAACCUUUUUGAUUGUGAGUUGGGACAUAUAAAGUUUGUAUGUGAAAACUA